AUGUCACGUGUUAGCGCACAUGACCGCGCCGCGACGCGUCUCGAUCCGGCAAGUCGAGACCUCAUCCGUGACAUGUUGUCCAGCGACGCAGAGCGACGAUUGGCAUGUGUUGAAGAGAUAUCUCGAGGCACAGUGCCAGGCUCGUGGCUAGCAAAGCAAACUCGGCUGCAGACGACAUUGUCAUUGCUGGAAAAUGGCUGGUCUCGCUCAGUUUACUCGCGCACACGCUACUUCGCUGUCUGUCCGCUUACCGACCCAUUAGUUUUCGUGCGCCGAACCCUCUGUAACCUGGCUGCUGUAGAGAGCUACGCUACAAGGGUGUCAGUUGGUCAGAUAAACGUGGCUGAGGACUGCCUUGGUCAAAAGCAGAAAGAUCUUGCUUAG